UGUUCUCAGUGCUCUCCUCCACUCCCCUGCAGAUGUCCAAGCAGCUGGACAUGUUUAAGACCAACCUGGAGGAGUUUGCCAGCAAACACAAGCAGGAGAUCCGGAAGAACCCCGAGUUCCGGGUGCAGUUCCAGGACAUGUGUGCCACCAUCGGGGUGGAUCCCCUGGCAUCUGGUAAAGGAUUCUGGUCGGAGAUGUUGGGAGUUGGAGACUUUUACUACGAGCUGGGAGUGCAGAUCAUUGAAGUUUGUUUGGCUCUGAAACACAGGAAUGGAGGGCUGAUAACACUGGAAGAACUUCACCAGCAAGUGCUGAAGGGGAGAGGGAAGUUUGCUCAGGAUGUCAGCCAGGACGAUCUCCUCCGGGCCAUCAAGAAGCUGAAGGUCUUGGGGAAUGGCUUUGGGAUUAUCCCUGUUGGUGGAACGUUUCUGAUCCAGUCUGUGCCAGCGGAGCUGAACAUGGACCACACGGUUGUCCUGCAGCUGGCAGAGAAAAAGGGCUUUGUGACAGUCAGUGAGAUCAAGUCCAGCCUGAAGUGGGAGACGGAACGUGCAAAGCAAGUGCUGGUACGUGGAGGCCUCGUGGUGGAUCCCGUGGGCACAGCGCGGUGCCGGCAGGGCCGGUCCCACCACAGCCGGUGUGGGGUGGUGGAAGGGGCUGCCGAGCACUUUCUGGUUGGGGGAAGCGGUUUCCGGCUGCUGGGGGAAACAUCUGGAUCCAAUUCCCGCCCCACGUGCGGCCGGCCGGGCCGGACCCGCUGCUCCCGCACGGCGUGA